CGGGGUCACGGGGCCCGCCCCGGCAGGGACAAGCGCUUCCGGGGCCGCGGGAGCCGUGACGGGGCGAAGCGGCGGCUCGAGAUGGCUGAGGUGGAAGAAACACUGAAGAGAAUUCAGAGCCAGAAAGGAGUGCAAGGAAUAAUAGUUGUGAAUUCUGAAGGGAUUCCCAUCAAAAGCACCAUGGACAACUCCACAACCAUCCAGUAUGCUGGGCUGAUGCACAGCUUCAUCAUGAAGGCCAGGAGCACCGUGCGGGACAUCGACCCCCAGAACGACCUCACCUUCCUGCGGAUCCGCUCCAAGAAGAAUGAAAUCAUGGUGGCACCAGAUAAAGACUACUUCCUGAUUGUCAUCCAGAAUCCAACUGAAUGAUCACACUGACUUGGUCAGGUUUUGUUUUUUUUUUCCCUUUGCUGAACUGUUCUUUUAAUUUAAUGGUAAAGAAUAGAGCAUUAGUGUUAACUCUGCUGUGCCACUUCAAUAAUGUCUGGAAAAACAAAAGCAGGUGGUUUUGUUGUUUACAAACAGAAAAAAAGUGGCUUUUUUCUUUUUUAUUUUGUAUCACGAGUCAUUUUGAGGAGGAGUUGGCGAAUCAGAAUCAGGCAGUAAAAAAUGCAACAGAUCCUUUUAAUAGUUGAGUAAAUAAUAUAAUAACAUUCUAAUAAUGUAAAUUCUUUAUAUGUCUGCAUGCUUCUGUCCCCACUAUUUGAGAGAUGCUUUUACACUGUUCCUUUCAAUGACUCUAAAUAUGAAACUUGCCUGUCCUGGCUCUGUCUUAUCCUGUUGGUUUUACAAGUUACUUUGAUCAAGUCUGGCCAUACUGAAUUAAAAAGUGUCACCAGUGA